GGCUAGCUACUCCGGAUCAGUCUCUUUUUAGUGACGUCAUCUGAGUCGUUGAAGUAAACAAUGUGUUCUUAUUUUUUUAUUUUUCGUGCUUUGAACAUUUACGCGUAAGUCGGAAAACAAAAUACAACUGGCGACUGUUUACACUGAAAAUUCGGAUGACGUCAUCAAAAAAAUGUUUACUCGCUAAAAAACUAGCCUUGUCUCUGUAAGCCGUGCUAUUCUCCCAGCAGCUCCCAGCUAUCAUUUUCGAAGGUCAUCGUGAGAUUGGUUCUGUUUUGAUUAGAUAACGACCGUGUGAAAUAUAACGUCGCUACUCUUAAGUCAAUAGACAGCUCGUGUUUACAGUUGUUGCAAUCGUCAAAGAAUCUGUUGAUAAACAAUCACGGUUAUUCAAAAUGAAUGCGGAUGCUCGUGAUUUGUCCGUAGUAAAAAUAGGCUUUAUCGGGGGCGGAAAUAUGGCCUACGCUAUUGCUGCUGGUUUACUAAGCAAAGGAGUAGUAAAAGCAAAUCAAGUGAUGGUUUCCGCCACUACACUAGAUAAUUUAAAGAGAAAAUGGAAUCCUCUUGAUGUGGAUAGGCUAACUACGGAUAACAGCGAAGUGAUCCGCGAGUCCGAUGUAAUAUUUCUCUGUAUAAAACCACACAUAUUGGCGUCAUGCAGUCAGUCUCUUAUGGCUGCUAAAAAAUUUCCGUAUAACGGCAAGAAGAUGCUGGUGUCGAUUAUUGCGGGAGUUACACUUGAAAGGCUAACUAAAGAGUUCGGUUUUUUGGAUAUACAUAUUGUUCGCACAAUGCCAAACACUCCAAUGCAGGUGGGAGCAGGAUGUACGAUUUUUUGUCCGAAUUUCGAUGACAGAAAAAUUUCAGAGAUAUCCUGGAAUUUGUAUGAACACAUUAAGUUUAUGUUGAACCAAUUGGGUCUGGCUUACGAGGUCAAAGAAGAACAAAUAAACGGCAUAACCGGAUUAACUGGUUGUGGUCCAGCUUUUGUGUACGAAGUAAUCGAAGCCUUAGCGGAUGGUGGCGUGAAGCAAGGCAUCGCUCGUGAAAUGGCUAUCAAGAUGGCCGCCCAAACUGUUCUUGGAGCUGCCAAGACGGUACUCGAAACCGGAAAGCACCCCGCCGUCUUGAAGGAUGAAGUUUGCUCUCCAGGCGGAGCCACAAUAUAUGGCGUUCAUGAACUAGAGAAGGGAGCCAUGAGGGCAACUCUCAUGAACGCGAUUGAGAAAUCUGCAGCAAGAGCGAAGGAACUACAGUAGACUGACGUGUGAAUCGUCUUUUUUUUACUUUGAACCCCUUAGCAUGAUUUAAUUUCAAAAUUUAAACGCUUCGAUCGGUCACGCAAAUUAUGUAACGCAAAAAAUCCUGAUCUUGGACCAUCUCCCCCUCCCCUUACGUAUCGGAAUUCCUAUCUAUAACACAUCAAGCAACGCAAUGUUAGUGGUUUAUAGGAAAUAUGUAACAUGCAUUUUUAUUCAGAAUAAUUACACGUAAAACCAUUCUCGAAGAGUA